GGCAAAUCACGCGACCACUAUGAGUCCCAUACCGGGAAACUUCCCAAGCGAAAUCGAAACUCGAUCUCUCUCUUUCUCGACCUUGUUAGUCUGGCGCUCGCAUAUCUGCAUUACCUCUCUUACAGCUCUCCACUUCUUCGAUUGACUAGCUCCUAG